UAGAUCCGCGCGAUUUGUACUGAAGUGAACUAAUCGUUUUAUUCUUCUUUCGAUUUCAAUGGUUAUUCCCAGAUCUGACAGUGUUUCCAUAUUGGCAUUGGGAUAUGACUGAUUACUAAUACAAAUCCACACAAGAAGUGAUCAAAGUAUCGACUUUAGGAGGAGUCCUAAAAAUGAACAAAAACGAACAAAAAAGACUUCGACAGUGUAUGCCGGACUGGAACCGGACAAUUGAUCCCAUGGACAUAAUCAUUGACUUGCCAUGUUUAUCCGAAACUGAUAGGCAACGAAUACAGAAUUCACAGAUAGGCGUUGUCCAUGGCUGCAGCGCUCUCGCCGCUGGGAGUCUUUUCAGCGCUUUGAUUCAGAAGAAACAAGGCUUCCGAGAGUUUGUGUUGGCGUUACGAAGACACAGACAUAAUAGUCAGGCAGAAAAAUUAGACCCUGGUCAUGACAUUCAAGAGGAAGACGCCUCCUCCAGUUUGGCUGCAAAUUCUCCCCAAGAUAUACCAGUUGGUGCAAGCAGCGGAACGUCCUCGACCUCCAUCCUCUGCACUAUUAAUGAACAAGACAAGCAUCUUGGAAAUAGUAAUUUGAAGUCCAGAAAUGAAACUGUAUCGAACGCUGACAUGAAAAGUAAGAAAAUCGUCAAAGACAUUUCCCCUUAUUCAGCGGAUAAAAUAACAGAACCAAACAUUGGAUCACUGGGUAACGCUGAAACCAAACACUACCUAAACAUGUCCGAUACAUUAACUGCUAAUUUGUUUGCGGAGGAUUCAGAUUCUGACAAUGAUAAAGAAACCAAUAAUGACACUGAUGGUAGUCGGAACAGUACAAAAGAGUCAAAUUUAGGUCCAAGUGACCGAAAUGUCCGUCAUCUGAAACCAGAUGAAAUCAGAUUUAACCUAAACAUUGAUACUGUUGAUAGCGUUGAUAUACAACGCGAGGAAAUGCUGUAUAAUUCUAACAAACAACAGAUGAUGUUGUUGAAGGAUAGCAGUACCUCUGAAAUGAAACCAAAUUUGACAGGAUCUUUUGACACUGGAGAUAAUUUUGUCAGUCAAGGGAAAUUACCUUGUGAUGCACCUCCCUGCCAGAGAGAAAUAUUCCAUGAUUAUGAAACGUUAAAGGAGAAAUCUAGUUGCUCACGUGAUGAUAUGAAGCAGAAUGUUCAGACAGUGUUGAAUGGUCCACAGUCAACCUCACGCGAGUUACAACUAAAACGACAUGAACUGCGAACUCAAGUAUUACAGGACACGAUUAAAAACGAAAGUGGCUAUAAAGACGUGCGUUCCGCAAUAUUUCUUUCCGCAUCAACAACUGGAGAUUUGUCAAGCACUGUGUUAUCUAAAUCCGAUACUGCACGCGAUUUUGACCAAAAGGCUGUACAGAAUUCCAAAGAAGAAACAUUCCAAAAACAGGAAGUGGUCGAUGCCAUCGCAGGUGUGCCAUGUAACAUAGGCAAAGAGCACACAAGACAAACACGAGAAAAACAUAGUUAUAAGGCAUACGUAGAUCACUCACUUGAAGACAGACGUAUACCUGUCCCCAAACACAUAGAUAGUGAUGAUGAAAUCGAUAGUAUACGAGAAAAAGGGAAAAACAAAAGAUGGCCAGGAAUUGAUGCAAGUUGUAAAACAAAGAAUUCUGCGUUUAACGAUCAUGAUUCUGUUUCCUGGAGUAGCGAGGAACUAAGUGUCAGUACUUCAACACAGUUUGAAAAUAAACUCACUGAAUCACAUGACAAUGUAUCGGAGCAACCACGUGGUGUUACCGGGCAAAGUGAAGAUGAAUCUUUUAUAAACGAUUAUCAAAAUACAAGAGGAGAUGCAACAGAAGUGAAAGAAAAGGAAUUGCCACUGAAUUACGAACAGCAAUCGGGUGUUAUUGAGCAAUCUGUGAACGAAUGUAAUAUAAUAAAUUACCCCAGUCUAGGGCUAGAUGCAGCUCAACCCGAAGAAAACGGUUUGUCUCCUGGGUUUGACCAGACACGUGAUUUGACUGGGCAAAGAGGAGAUAAAGAGUUUACAAACAAUACCUCCAGCACUGGAGAACAAGCAACACAAACCAAAUCAAAUAUUAUGUCCCCAAAUGUUGACCAGUCACGUGAUUUGACUAAGCAAAUGGAAGAUGGACAGUUCACAAACAAUCGCUCCAGUACUGGAGAAGAAGCCAUACAAACCGAAUCAAAUGUUUUGUUUCAAAAUGUUGACCAGUCACGUGAUUUGACUGAGCAAAGAGAAAAUGGACAGUUCACAAACAAUCGCUCCAGUACUGGAGAAGAAGCCAUACAAACCGAAUCAAAUUUUUUGUUUCCAAAUGUUGACCAGUCACGUAAUUUGACUGAGCAAAGAGAAAAUGAACAGUUCACAAACAAUCUCUCCAUAACUGGAGAAGAAACAACACAGACAGAACCCAAUGGUGUGUCUCCAAAUUUAGAGCAUCCCCGUGAUGUAAGUGUAUGUUUGGAAGAGGCCAAAGAACAGUCAAGAGAAACACGUUUCCAAUCUCUAUACAGAUAUAUUAGCGAUGCAGUGUCAGCUUUUUCAUAUAUGCAUGGGCAUUUAAUGUAGUGAAAAAGGUACAGUUCGAUAUGACAAAACGUUUUAUUUGAUAAUAUGCAUUCAUUGUAAAAAUACACAAAAAAACGCUGGAUCGUGAUAUGGAUACAUCAACUAUGUUUUAUAUAUAAAUUGUUGAAUAUUAGGAAAGAAAUACUUAAAUUGUAUAUAUAUAUGUUGUAGUUUUUAUUUUAUAAUUAUUCGGUUAUGUGUGAAUGAUAUAAAUUAUGUAUAACAUUUUUGCCUUUGCUAUUUCACCACAUAAUUCUACUGUUGCUUGAUCAUAGAAAUUGCAUAUCGAAAUUAAUCAUAAAUGAAUUUAUUGAUACACCGUAGUACACAAUUGAUCAUUUGCAUGGGUACAUUGUAAAACAUGGUAGUCAAUGUGUGAUUGUUUGGCGACAAGUAUAAUUUCAUUGAUAUCUAAGCAUGUGUUGAGAACAAUAAGAAUGUGAUUUUUCAUGUAUUGAAGUUUUUUUUUGUAUUAUUUUUGUAGCUUUCAUACGUCCAUCUUUGCAAAUCAGAUUUAGAAUGUUUCAUAUAAGAUUGUAAAUAUACACUAUCAUUUAA